UUCAGAGGCCAUCGACGUUUGGUCGUUAGGCUGCGUGAUGGCCAGGAUGAUGACUCAAGAUAGUCUCUUUGGAUCAGACUCAGAAUACUGGACACUCCGACGCAUGAUCCAUCUGCUGGAUCUGCCGCCGCAAUAUCUCAUCGAUGCUGGCCGGAGAUCACGAUUAUUUUUUGAGAGAAUGCCAAAUGAUUGGUGGCGGCUGAAGACACCUAUGGAUUAUUUUGGGACCGAUCUCGUCCACUCCGACCCCACAGUUUACAAGUUCGACUCUCUGGAAGAAAUGAAAACGCUGUGCUCUGAGACGGACAACCCAGCAGAGGCUGAUGAGAGGAGGGAGUGCAUCGAGCUGUUGAAGGCGAUGCUUCAGUGGGAUGAUGACGACAGAAUCACCCCCAGUGGUAUCCUCAAGCAUCCCUUUAUCACCAAAAGCUACCUCAGCAGCAGCUCCUCCACCAGCAGUUGGUAAGUGUGUUUCUAUUUACUUUGUACACAGGUUGUGAGACAUUAGCAGC